AUCAUUUUAACUACUGCGGAAAUAUUAAUGCUAUUAUAGACUAUUGUAGCUAGUGCGUGCGCAAGAUCUUCGCUGAACUAGCUACCUUCACUGCACUGGUGCUGGAAAGGAGUUCCUGUGGUGCCUGAUCUCUCAUAAGUCGGAGUCGAUGUAGUACGGGUACGGGUGGAAGUGGCAGCAAUUUUCCAUGACUCAAUUCUUUCUCUGUUCUUUUUUGUAUAGUAAUUUACUGAUUCACAUGACAGUAAUAGCAUGCAAUCAAUGGUAGUAAAGUGUGUCAAAUGAAUAGAGAUAAAAUCUUUAUGGUCACUAAUUAUUAAUCUUCCAGCAGACCUGUUCAUGCAGAUCGACCUGUUAUGGACUCGUCAAAGAGGCAACGACCUGAGAAAGGAUACUAUUCCUACCUCCAUAAUGUAAGCUCGGUUGACAUGAACUUAUCCAGCUUGCGGGAAGCACGAGAUGUGAGAACCACUCUGAGCUGUAAGUCUGAUGACAGUCUGCCAGAAGGGGUCUUCCUUGUUGAGAGGAUAAUUCAUCAUCGACUAACUAAGGUACGUAACAUUUUAAAUUUUGGAAUAUAUAUAUAGACCAGAUCUUGUUGUUGUAGUUUUUCACGCUAUUUGUUGUAGUUCACGUAAGCUCACGUGAAGUUUUGGCAAAUAGUAUUACUGUAAAAUACAAAAAACCACUUGAGGUAAGUGUAACAGUUUACAGCUAAACCACAACUUGGCCAAAUCUCUAUCUAUAAGUACUAAGUUUGGGCUGUAGGAGUAGCUUGAUUAUGACAUAAACUGCCUGUUCGUCUAGCUAUUUUUAAAAUUGUUGACUGAGAAACAGCCUGCUGCUGAACCAGUCUCCAAUUCUCUGCCACAAUGACAUAGUACGCCACUUAACUCCUCUUGAUAAGGAUUAGUUUUUCAUGGUUACCCAAAAACUAGUAGUUUAUGCUGAAUACUGUACUAGGUAUAGCUAGAUCUAUAUAUCCACAUAAAGAUCUGAAUCUUCUGUUCCAAAAUUUAAACUUUGUCUCUUGCUCUAUAGUAUUGUGGUUUUCUUAUGUAAACUGUUACACUUAUCUCAAGUGGUUUUUUGAAAUUUACUAUUUUCUCCAAACUUCCAAGUGAGCUGCAAAGGGCAGUAGCAACCAUGAGUAUUUAGCCAAUCAGAUUUGAAUGUUCUUAUCUAAACUUUGCUACAUGAUUUUCUAAGUGAAGUACAUGAUUUUCUAUUGAAGUACAUGAUUUUCUAAAUUGGAUAGAACAUUUCCUCUAACCAAUCAGAUUGCAGUAUUUAUGACAAACAUGAUCUAAGCUAGGACGGUCAUGAGCAUGAUAAGAAAGACAUUCCUUAAUUACGUGGGCAAGUUCAGUUGACUUAAUUACAAUGGAGUUCAUCUUCUUCAUUAUUCUACCUAAUGAGUAUAUAUCGCUCUGUGUGCUCUGUGAAACAAGCCCAUCGCGGAGGUCUGGAGCUACUUGAGUGUGUUCUUUUAUGUAAAUAACUUUCUGUUCCUCGGUCAGGCAGUACUUCUUAGCAUGCUUUUCUUUACAUGCCUUUCCAAAAUCCACAAUACAUGGCCGGAUACAUUCUAACAAAGUAGUCCCUAAUACUACGUUGUCUACUUUAAGAUCAUUGUGAAGAAUACUCAGCUUGUGCAUGUAUGAUAGACCAUCACAAAUUUGGAUCAGUAUUUGCAUCCAUGUCUUAGGGCUUAAUUUAAUUUCGUUAGUCAAAUACAAGGCAGAAUAUAAUGAAACUUGUUGCUGCUUCACGCUUAUAUUAGACAUUACUAAAGCUCUCCUGGUGGAACAAAUACCAAAACAGUGUGGUAUAAUUAUAAGGGCUGGAAUUUAAUGUAAGUAAUAUACUGGCUUCAUGCCUAAUCGAUUCGAUUGAGGAGUCGGAAGUAAAUGUUUUGACACAGACGUCAAAACACUCUUUAAAAAUCAUACGAGAGCAUGUUCCAAACCGACCAUUUCCUAUAUGAACAUCACCACCCCCAUCUGCUAAACAUUUCUCACUUAUCUCUGGAACUACAGUAACUCCUCGCAUAAUAUCAGCAUUCGUACACAUUCUUGGAGUUGCCUUGGGUAGACUGAUUGCACUCGUCUUCAUGGCUGCUGUUAGCAACUUUAGUGGUCGUUGGUGACUGCAGGAUGUUCCCAGAGUUCCUGUCCGUAAUUGCUUAGCUCGAUACACGUUGAGUUCCCUGUAUGAACAAUAUUAUUUUACUGGCUGUUAAUCAGCAACUUACAGUUUAUAAUCUAUUGCCUUCUUCUUCCAAUUCUAAACAUUUUUCUCGGCACAUUCAAGGCUCUUCUUCUCCAUACACAGCUGCUUGCCAAUUUUGUCAACUCUAGCUUUUCGAUUGAGCCUCUUGAGCUUGGAUCUUGAGAAUCUCUCUUUCUGCUGGUCAGCCAUUUUGUAAUAAGUCUAAGAGAACCAGAGGUCGCAAAAUACCCGCCAUAAUGCGUCUGAGAAGUGUUAUCAUGUGCUAUUGAAUGAGUAUUGUGGUUAAUUUAGUGGGUGAUAACACCGCAGCCUAUUCACCCACCCACUCAUAUUGACAUGGCUAAUUAAUUUUGUUACAUAACAGCUCAAGGGACCUUUUGUUCCAUUAUCCCGGGCCUCCUAGCUAUGGCAGUAAACAAGCAGUCCAGAAGAGCAGAGAGCCUGUCCAUCACCAUCUCAAAUUCAGCAAAGAAGUACUCUGACUUCAGCCACACAGAACCACAAGUACAGCCAAACUUCUCUCUCUCUAUUCCUAUCGAGUUGCUGCAUCAUUGGUACAUGAACAAGAAGGCAGAAGAGACAUUCAUUAGCUUAGUUAAUAGCAUGGUAACAAUAGUUAAACUAGCACAAAGCGAUCGUCUGGAGAAAAGGCUUGCAGAACAAGCUAGCAAGGUAGCAAGAAGGAUACGGGGGCUAAAAGGAAGAAGGAGGUAUGCCGUACUUGCUGGAGAAUACAACCUCUUCGUGCUUGAUGGAGAAGCAGAAUCGUAUUCUGAAAUUAAGCAGCAACUAUCCACUGAAUCUCCACAGCCAACAACGAUCCCCGAAGCAAGUAGACCUACCACAGCACACAUCAAUAAAGGCAAAAAAGUUCACGAGGUAUCACCACAACAGGUAAAACGAAAGCUAGCACACUGUAAGAGCUCUGCAGAGCAAGCGCUUUGGUUUUGUGAAUCAUUCGGUCUUCAGCCAGAAUCUUUAGAGCUACGCAAACAGACAGGAUCUCCCAUCAAAUUCAAUUUUUUAUCUAGCCCAUCUCACAAGCCACAACAUCAAACGCCAGCUCUUUCACCAAGCGAUUCUGCGAGGGUACAGCAAGCUCUUUAUGUACUUGACAGGUUUGCUGUGAGUGAUGAAGCUUAUCAUGAAUUGAGCGUCGCAUCUGAUUUACCACCACUGUACCGAAUCAAGGAUGCUCGCCUCUCAAUUAACAACUCUCUGGACAUCCGGCAUCUCGAAGGUCCUUAUCCUGGUGCUUAUAGACCACCGAAAGCUGCAAUCCAGGAAGAGCUAGCUAAGAUCGUUCAUUCAGGGAAAGCUAUCACCCAACCAGUAAAAGUAAAACUCAGUGGUGACGGAGCCAGAUUCACAAGAUCAUCCAAUAUCAUACUUCUCUCAUUUGCAUUUCCAGAAAUUCAAGACAAUGUUUUAUCAGGCAUGGGCAAUCAUACUUUUGCUGGCCUAAAAGCCGAAGAGUCGUGUGAAACAAUUAGUUCAGGACUAUCUGAGGUAUUGAAGGAGUUGAACGACAUCAUUUCACACCCACUACUCACUGUUGAUGAAACAGAGUACCGCCUUGAGUUUUUCCUGGGUAGUGAUUACAAGUUUCUUUUACUGAGUAUGGGCCUCAACAAAGCAACCUCUAUAUGUACGCUUGUGUCUGGUGUAUACCAUCAAGAAGGAUGAAAGGUGGGAUAUGUCAAAGGAUAGGGCUGACUACACCGUAACAAAUGCAAGAACAUUGAGUUCCCUACAAGCAAAAGGCGCACUUCCCAGCAGUAAACCAGCAAGUGUACGACUAGGAUCAAUUACAACACCACUACUGAACAUAGAGCCAGACCAUAUAAUACCCGAUGAGCUACACCUACUCCUACGUAUAGCUGACGUUUUAACAAGAAAUCUCAUUCUAGAGAUAGUGGCAUCUGCUAAACAAGACAGACAAGGAAACGCACAUAUACUCACUCACCUACAAACACUACAGACGAUCGUUAAAGACUGUGGUAUCACGUUCAGGGUAUGGGAAGCAAGGGGUCCAGAUGGCAAAGCUUCUGGACAUUACGAAUGGACAUCACUGCAGGGGAACGACACCAAGAAGUUUCUGGAACGUCUCCCAGUGAGGUUUGCUGACCUACUGAAGGAAGAAAUUCAAGCUAAAAUGGCCCAACUUUGGACAGAAUUUCUCUCUUUGUAUAAUAUGGUUUCUAGCUGGACUCCACCUCCCAGUGAAGUGGUUGAGCAAAAGGCGAAAGACUGGAUAAGGCUUUUCUUGAGCUUGAAGCACAAGUGUCAAGGGUUUCAGGAAAAGAAUAUUACGCCCUAUAUGCACACACUGGUCUUUCACUUCCCUUACUUUAUUUCAAAAUACGGAAAUGUCAAGAUGUUUAGUGGACAAGGGGUGGAGAAAAAUAAUGAUGACGCCAAGAGACACUACUUCUCCAGUAAU